AACGACUGACGGUUGAGUUGUGAGACUGUAGUGUUGGCCUACUACUACGGUUCAUAUGAUGAACUCUUUUCCUUAUACAGGCGAAGUCUGAGCAAAUAACCUCUACCCAUUCUAAUGCCUAUGAAAUAGCUAAUAUUUCAUACACAAACACAGAAAGAUCAUCAUUUAGUCACUGAGCUUAUUUUCCAUCUCCAGUGGAAGUCUGCUUUAUAUUGCAGUAUGUGGCGUCUUCUAGCUGGGUUCGUGCUUCUGCUGUGUGCUGCAGAUGCCACUCCAGUUGGUGGCAGGACAGCUCCUGAUUUUGGAAAGAUGUAUCAUGUCAAAGGUAUGCUGACUUUGCCUUAUGCUGAGAUAAAGGAGCCGUUUGAAGCUUGGUAUGACCUUAAGGGGAACCGAGGUCGCAUCGACUUUUAUCAUGGUCAAGUGUGCACUUUUUUUAUUGGAGACGACUUGGAUUAUGGUGUCACUUACAAGAUCACACCAGUUACCACUGAGACAGAAUUCAAUACUAUGAAGUGUUUCCAGCUUAAUGGUACAAAGGAGGAUCCAAUACGUCCACAGACAGCACUACCUGAUCUGCAGGGCUUUGAAUUUGAGAAGAUGGAGUAUUACGCAGGCGUUCUUUGUGAGAUCUGGAAAAAUGUCACACAAGUUGGUCAUAAGAAAAACACAUAUCGUCUGUGGGUCACACGUCCAGAGGGAAAUGAUUCCCCAGCCGUCCCGUACCACUAUGAGAUGAUGGGCUUCAACACACUUUUGGGAUCUCACUACGACAAAUACAUUAUUGACUACAGUGACUUCAGCCCUCGAACUGAGUCUGAGAUUUUCAAACUACCAGGAGGAAUGACCUGUGGUGACUUUCCUGGUCCUGGUGUGGAGCAUCAUUUAUUGGCCAACCCCAUUAAAGACCUGGUCCACACCUCUCCCGUUGGCCACGCCCACCGUAUGUUCGGUCACUUUAAGGAGAAGUUUGAGCGUCAGUAUGAAAGCGAGAAGGAGCACGAGGAGCGCGAGCAUCACUUUGUACACAAUAUUCGGUAUGUGCACUCUAUGAACAGAGCUGGUCUUUCAUUCUCCCUCUCUGUGAAUCACCUGGCGGAUCGGUCUCAGGAAGAGCUGGCCAUGAUGAGAGGCUGUAAAAGGUCUCACGGUCACAGAAAGGCUCAGGCUUUUCCCUCUGAGAUGCGCUCUAUAGCCACCCCUGAUUCAAUAGACUGGAGGCUGCAUGGUGCUGUGACGCCUGUGAAAGACCAGGCAGUGUGUGGAUCCUGCUGGAGUUUUGCCUCCACUGGAACACUAGAGGGAGCUCUUUUCCUGAAGACUGGACAGCUGACAUCACUGUCCCAGCAGAUGCUGGUUGACUGCACAUGGGGAUUCGGGAAUAAUGGUUGUGAUGGAGGAGAGGAGUGGAGAGCUUUUGAGUGGAUCAUGAAGCAUGGUGGCAUUUCAACGGCUGAGAGCUAUGGAGGAUAUAUGGGCAUGAAUGGUUUGUGUCAUUACGAUAAGUCCUCCAUGGUGGCACAGUUGAGGGGUUACACUAAUGUGACCAGUGGUGAUAUUGAGGCACUGAAGGUCGCUAUCUUUAAGUUCGGUCCUGUAGCGGUCAGCAUCGACGCUGCUCACCGUUCCUUCUCCUUCUACAGCAAUGGAGUUUACUACGAACCGGCCUGCAAAAACGGGGUCGAUGACUUGGAUCAUGCUGUGCUAGCAGUCGGUUAUGGGAUAUUGGAUAACGAACCCUACUGGCUAGUGAAGAACUCCUGGUCCACUUACUGGGGCAAUGAUGGCUAUGUACUGAUGUCCAUGAAAGACAACAACUGUGGUGUGGCCACUGAUGCUACUUACGUCACAUUAGCCUAAUACACAUAUACAUGUACAUCCUAAAGAAGAAAAUCACACAACAGCAGAAUUGCUUUCAUUGAUUUUAUCUGAUCUUGGCUCCUGGACAACUGAUCACAGUUUUAUUGUGUUUCAGUCAGAAUGCCAAUACAAAGAAAGUCUUCAUAACAAACUUCUUUUUCAUUGUAAAAUCACAUUAAGACUUGCAUCAUGCAGCAAAAUUAACACUCGCUCAUAAUUGUCCACAGGCAAUGAUCAGCAACUAGCAGGCCUAUAUUACAGUUUCAUUAGACGCUCAUUGCUUUAUUGUCAUCUCAUCUCAGCGUGUUUUCAUUUCCUCACAUUUCAAGACCUUGCCUUUCACAAGAGGACCAAAUCAAUUAACAUCUCAUAACAGAGUAAGCCUUAAGAUCCUAAUAAUCAUGCGGUGAUGUGUAAAAUGUUUUGGUUAAAGGGAUAGUUCUAUUGAUGUGCAUCCUGAGACAAAACAGCAUUUGCAUUUUGCAAAACAUGCAUUUUAGUCUGAGAUUAGGGAUAACCCCAGGUUAUUCUAAAUCCCAGGUUAUUCAGGUUGUACCGAGGGUACUAUCAAGUUUUUCCUAAAUUAACUUUUUCGGAAAAUAAGAUGAAUAAUAGGUACGAAUGAGUCUCUUCUUAACUCCAAUUGACAUGUUUUCUGUCACCAUUUGACAUUUUUUCCUCAUCAAACGCUGAAACGAAAACUGUGUGUACAAAUGAACAGUGUUUCCGCAUGACUGUCCAUAACACGUAAUUAUUAUAGGACACAUCAUGACAGUUUUGUAUAUGUCGGUGGAACUAUCCCUUUGAGAUCUGAUCUGUCAACAUUAGAUAAAUUGCAUUAGGCCUAUAAUAAAAAAGUUCAUUUCCAUCAAAGAAUGUCAUGCAAUAAAACUACAAUUCCCUGUU